CUUCGGAUGCCAUGGUCGAGACGGAGCGCCGCCGUUUCUCGGGCGAGGCCGCUGGUGAGGCGCGACGACGGAGCGCCACCACAGAGGGAUGCCGACGAGGUCGCAGCCCCCGACGCGCCGAGCCCAACAUCAGCAGCAGAGUCUCCAAGACGAAGACCUUGUUGAGUCAAUUGGAGCGGCAGAAAGUGCGCUUGCGUCAGGAGUUCAAAGGCUGGAGGAAUUUGCUGCAAGCCGAUGGAGACGGCAGUUGCCACGGAAAACCAGAACUGGUAGCUCUGGAGCCCAUCAUGGAUGAGGGUGGCGAUGGGAGCUCCAGCCAUCGACAGCAAUACAGAGCCCAUUUGCAGCUUCAACAAGACUUGGGGCUACACACCUGGAGCACAGAGCCGUUUACACUAGACGAACUCUUGAGGAUUGUCGUGCGAACACGGGCAGCUUCUGCGACCCGAUGGUGUUUGGCAGACAAGGCAAAGUGGCAGAGCAUCCUGCAUGCAGAAACCAGGACAGUGUCCAACUUACUCUGGACCUUCUCCUCGUUUGCUCUUUGUGCUGUCAAGGCUUUGGUGUUUUGGUCCUCCCUUUGCUGGGGCACAUGGCUAUUGGCCACUCUCUUGAGGCCAAGUGUGGAUUGGGGGCUGCAACAUCUUGCAAAGACGUUCGAAGUUGAUACCCCCAUUGCACAGACUUUUGCUCCCUUCGACCUGCUCACGCUGCUGACCCUUUUCCUGGCAAUGGGGAUAAUGGCUCUAGGAACUCUUCUGACUGCAGGUCUCACAGAGGUUUCCUUCCUGCCUGCAAAGGCCAUCCUUAGCUUAGAACAUAAGGCAGAAUCUGAAAAGGUCCGGGAACAGCUGGCGAUUUUGCUUCGAAGUGAUUGCGUCCGAAACCUGGACAUCUGCAAUUUUCUGUCCUUGGGUAUGGCAACAUAUUUCAACUCAUCGGAGACGCAUAAAGAGGGACGCUGCUUCGUCAGACGCCACGAGACGGCAGAGGAGUACUUCACAAAACGUCGCCGACAGCAUUGUUCCAUUUGCUGCAUACGCUGCGACUUCCGUUUGCAGCUCCGGCAUCAAAACCUAAGUCUUCAAGAACGUUGGCUGGUCUUGCGAAAAGAUGGUAUCGCCCUAUUCUCGUCCUUGAUCGACUCAGAUCCGACGGAUAUGCUGUUCUUUGACACUAACUUCGCUCUUUUUCGGGAUGAGGAGGACCACGUGCUGGUGAAGGGAGCAGGUUGGGUUUUGGAGCUCUCCUUUGACGAUCAGAGCUAUCAACGCAGACAGAUGAGCGCGCAAGGCUGGUGCAAUGCUAUAACCCUCACGGCGCAGCUCUCGGCCCGUACCAGGCAGCAGCGCUAUGGUGCCUUUGCCCCGGUGAGAAUGCCGGCCGCACCCAAAGAAGGGGACCGGCACUUGCUCCGACAAUGCUUCACUCGAUACCUGAUCAACGGCAAUGCAAUUUUCCGCGCAGUGGCUGAGGCAAUCCUCUUGGCAAGGCAUGAAAUCUUCAUCCUGAGUUUCUUCUUGAGUCCUUACAUCGAAUUAGUACGAGAUGGUCGGCCACUGCCAGAUGUGAGCGAUUCGAAAGUCUCUACUCUACUGAAGUUUGCAGCAGACAGGGGUGUCCGUGUAUAUGUGCUGCUGUAUCACGAGACCAUGAACCUCGUCCCCAACGACUCAGAGUAUGCAGAAGCAGAGUUGAAGCAUCCAAACAUCUUUGUGAUGAGACACCGCAGCCGCUUCAAUAGCAACUUGCUGUGGACUCAUCAUGAGAAGGUGGUGGUAGUUGACCAACAACUGGCCAUCGUGGGCGGCCUGGACUUGUGCAUCGGUCGCUAUGACGACUGGCAGCAUUGCAUCACCGACCCCACAGCUGCCACCUGGCAGGGCCAAGAUUACUACAACCCGCGCAUCAAAGAUGUGAAGGAGGGACGUUUGCAAAAAGAUUUGCUGCAGCGAGUGGACCAGCCCCGGCUGCCGUGGCAAGACAUUGCCUGUGAGCUGCUGGGUCGCCCCGCACGCGACGUGGCUCGCCAUUGCGUCGAACGAUGGAACCAUGCCAGGUUCAUCAACUCAAUUUACGACCACUUCCCGCUGGCCAUGCUGCGACGAAAGGUUGCCGUCAGCAACGAACAGAUGCUGCUGCUGCCACGGGAAAGCUGCCAGAAGCAGUGGCCCCAGUGGCCCCCGGAGAAAGGACCUUGGCAGGAGUCCCGUGCACAGGUGGUACGUUCUGUGGGCCGCUGGAGUGCAGGCACCAAGACGGAGUCCUCCACGCACCAAGCGUAUUGCGACCUGAUCCAAGACUCCAAGCAUUUCAUCUACAUUGAAAAUCAAUUCUUUUGCUCUGGCUUGGAAGGCGAUAGCCAAAUCGGGAACCGGGUUUUGGAAGCGCUCUUCCGACGAAUCGUCAAGGCGCAUGAACAGCGUGACGGACGAUUUCACGUGGUCAUUGUGCUGCCAUUGCUCCCUGCUUUGGAGGGGCCCUUGUGCCAGGCAAAUGCCGGCUUGCCAGUCUUUCGGGUGAUGCACGCUCAGUACUGCACCUUGAGAGGUUUACGGUCGCAGCUGCGUGCCAGGGAUAUCGAUGAGACCAAGUACAUCUCCAUUUUUGGCCUUAGGACCUACGGCUUUUUGCCGGAUUUGGGUCCUGCAACAGAGCAGAUCUACAUCCAUUCAAAGGCAAUGGUGGUUGAUGAUGAAGUAGCACUUGUGGGGAGCUCCAACAUCAACGACAGAUCCUUGCUGGGCAUGAGGGACUCAGAGGUGAACCUGGUAAUCCAAGACGAUGUGCUGGGCAGUACAGCUGCCAGUAGCUUUGGUGGCUUCAGAGGAGGUACAGCUGCAAAUUUGCGCAAGGCUCUAUUCGUACAACAUUUGGGACUUGAAAAGGAAAAGUUGGACGAGGGAUUUGACAACCUCAAGAAGGAUGGUUGGGUCGUGGAACUGAGACGUUUGGCGCGCCGAAACACAGAGAUCUACGAAGAUUUGUUUGGGGCGCUGCCUUCGGACAAGGUUCAGACCUGGCAGCAGCUGGCGGCGUGUCAGCGACAGGUCACACUGAAUGCAGACUUUACCAAAAUUCCUUCAGAAGAUCAUGCGCGGAAACCCAACGAAGAGAGCCAACUUCUGACAGAGUGAGACCAGUUUUGAUAUUUCUCCUCCAAGCUAAGCCGCAUUUCCACUUGAUGAUUGGGAAGGUUGAUCUCCUCAAGCGUUAAGCCAAUAGAAAGAAGUCCUUAGGGAAGUUCAAGGAUACUUGGUCGAAUUUCCCUUGGAGUUCCUUCAGCAAGAGGAUCUCACUCCCUCCGUGAUGGGCGGCCUGUUGGGUCCUGUCUUCACGUGAGCAGUGACAGGUGGUUUCGAUUGCCUGAGACCCAUCAAAUGGGAGGUUUGUCGAUACCAAACUGUUUGAAGGAACCAUUUUGAAAACCAUACAACAUGUGCAUAGCAGCAACGCUUAGGUUGACUCUGGAAUGCUCUUCGGGAAGCAUUCUGCUAUUCCCUGCACGUUGCCCUGAUGGGCCCUACGUCCAUGCACAAUUAAGUUUAUUGACGUUUAUCGUAUCGAUGUACAGCCCGAGUUUGAAACACAUUUUUUGCGCAUGAAAUCUUCUGAAAA